AUGGCUGCGCUUGACAGUAUCCCCGAACCCCGGGCUCUACCAUUUAUUGGUCACACACACCUGAUUCAACCUUACAAACUCAAUGAAUCGGUGAUGCAAAUUGCUCGCGAUUUUGAUGGUAUUUUCCGUUUGCGAUUCCCCGGAACAGACUUGGUGUUCGUUUCCAACCAAGCGCUCGUUAACGAGAUUUGCGACGAAUCCCGUUUCCAGAAGAAAAUUGGAUUAGUUCUAGGGCAUCUUCGACCUGGUCUCAAGAAUGGUCUUUUUACUGCGGACACCCACGAAGAGGCUUGGGGAAUUGCGCACAGAGUUCUGACACCAGCAUUUGGUCCUCUCAAGAUUCGUGACAUGUUUGAGGAGAUGCAUGAGGUAGCUACACAGCUUGCUCUCAAGUGGGCGCGUGGCGGAGCGAGCACCAACAUCAAUGUCACCGAAGACUUUACACGUUUGACCUUGGAUACUAUUGCGCUCUGUUCAAUGGGCUAUCGGUUCAACAGCUUCUAUUCUUCCGAAAUGCAUCCGUUUGUCCGAGCCAUGGUAGACUUCCUCCUUGAAGCCGGUGACCGAGGCACGAGGUCACUUCCAGGCAUGUUCUACCGCUCCGAGGCUCAGAAAUUCGACAAAGAUAUUGAAAUCAUGCGUUCUACUGCUCAGGAGGUACUGGACGCCCGGAAGAGCGGUCAAACAGUGCGAGAUCACGAUUUACUGGCUGCUAUGCUCAAAGGCAUCGACUCACAGACAGGCCAACGAGUCAGCGAUGAUAGCAUCAUCAACAAUCUCAUCACAUUUCUCGUUGCUGGGCAUGAGACAACCUCUGGAAUGCUUUCUUAUACAUUUUAUCAUCUUCUCAAGAACCCAGAGACGUUUGCCAAGGCACAACAAGAGGUCGAUUCAGUAUGUGGAAAGGGGCCAGUCACGUUGGCCCAUAUCUCCAAGCUGGGCUAUAUCAACGGUGCCCUUCGUGAAGCUCUUCGGAUCGACUCCACUAUUCCCGCAAUGGGUUUGUCCCCUAAAGAAGACACAACGCUCGGCGGAAAGUACUUUGUCAAGAAAGAUCAACAAAUCAUCGCACAGGUAGCACUGUCCAAUCGAGAUCCAGCCGUCUACGGCGAAGAUUCCUAUGAGUUCAAGCCGGAGAGAAUGAUGGAAGAGAACUUCAACCGCCUAAAUAGAGAGUUUCCCAACUGCUGGAAGCCAUUUGGUAAUGGGAAACGAUCAUGUAUCGGUAGGGCCUUCGCCUGGCAAGAGGCUCUGAUCAUCAUGGCGGUUCUCUUGCAGAACUUUGACUUCACUCUUGAGCCGAACGAUUAUGUUCUUCAACAUAAGGAAUCGUUGACCCUCAAGCCUGACGGAUUAAAAAUGAGAGCUACUUUGAGAGACAAUCUCACUCCCCAGGCACUCGAACGGCGUUUGAUCGGGUCUUCAACUAAACUGGACUUGCCAUCCAAGCCACAACAUGUCUUGGCAGAUCACCAGAAUAUGGGUGUUCCAAUGACAGUUUUGUAUGGCUCAAAUACCGGCACCUGCAAGGCAUUGGCCCAGAAGUUGGCAGCUGAUGCCGCUAUGCAUGGCUUCCGUGCCGUGAAGCUGGAUAGCCUCGAUAGUGCCCAGGGCUCGCUCCCCCCCGAUCAUCCUGUUGUGAUGGUGACGGCCUCGUAUGAGGGGGAGCCUCCCGAUAAUGCUGAACGAUUUGUCUCUUGGAUUAUUUCUCGAAAGGAGAGCGAGGAGGGCUUCGAGAGUGUCUCGUACGCUGUCUUUGGUUGUGGUAACAGUGAAUGGGUCAACUCGUUCCACAAAAUCCCUACGCUUGUUGACACCAGACUUGAAGAGUUGGGCGCACAGCGGCUGGUGGAACUUGGUAAGACGAACGUCUCAACCGGCGCCGCUUUUACCGACUUUGAGGUCUGGGAGGAUGAUAUCCUUUGGCCGGCUCUAAAGGAGCGCUAUGGCACUUCAGGAUCGACGACCGAGAGAAGCAAUCUGGACGUGAUGGUAUCAAACACCAGAACAGCCAUUCUCCAGCAAAACUUGAAACAAGCUGUCAUUGUUGAGUCGAAGCCACUUACUAAGGGAUGUGAAGAGAGGUUUACGAAGAUGCAUCUUGAGGUGAAGUUGCCCAAGGGUAUGACUUAUCAAACAGGUGACUACCUCGUGGUGCUGCCUUUCAACCCUUCCGAGACUGUGCAGCGUGCAAUGAGAAGGCUUAGACUCUCCCGCGAUUCAUACUUGGAAAUCACAUCCAAUUCACCUGUGUCGCUACCGGUCGAGACGUCUAUGCCAGCUGGUGAAGUUCUGGCUUCGUAUGUUGAGCUAAAGCAGCCAGCGACCAAGGGGAAUAUAGCUAAGCUUGCGGAGAUUGCUGACAAUGACGAUACAAUCCAGAAGUUGAGAUACCUGGCUAGUGAUGGCUUCAACAAAGAGAUCAUCGACAAAAAGGUGUCCGUCCUGGAGCUAUUGGAACGCUUCCCGGCACUCCCUAUCCCGCCAUGGCUAUUCCUCUCUAUGCUAAGUCCUAUGAAUGUUCGCCAGUACUCCAUAUCCUCCUCGUCUUUGGAAAACCCAAACAACGCCACUAUUACUUUCUCUAUUCUCCGCGAGCCUUCGCUUUCUGGCAAUGGGCUGCACAUUGGUGCUGCAACCUCCUACCUUAGCCACCUUGGCGAAAACGACUUCAUCGAGGUAGGGGUCAGACCUUCCCACGCGGCCUUCUCUCUGCCUGCCGACCCAGAAAAUACACCUCUCAUACUUGCCGGUGCCGGAGCCGGAAUCGCGCCUUUCCGCGGUUUCAUCCAGGAGCGUGCACACAUGAUCGCCUCGGGACGGAUGCUGGCGCAGGCGGUGUUAUUCAUUGGGUGUCGCUCGCCGGAUCUGGAUGAAUUAUACCGUGAGGAGUUGGAUGAGUGGCAGCGUCUCGGAGCUGUGGAGGUGCACAGAGCUUACAGCAGAGUCCCUACCCCUAAGACCGAAGCAUAUGGUUGCAAAUAUGUGCAGGACAGAAUGUGGCGAGAUCGUGGGCAGAUCGCGAAGAUGUGGAAGAAAGGAGCCAAGAUCGUUGUAUGUGGGUCUAAAGGGAUGGGAGACUGUGUGAAAGAUUGUGUGAUCAGGAUGAAGAAGGAAGGAUAUCUAGACGAAACCGAGAAAGAUGAUAAAAGAGUCCAGGAGUGGUUCCAACGGCUCAGGAAUGUCCGGUAUGUGGCGGAUAUCUUUGAUUGA